CGAGAAAGUGGAAGUUUGCUUCGUUUUUGGCGCGAGGGAGCCAUGGCUGCUGCUGCUGCUGGGGGUCCCGUGCAGAGUCUUUGCGAUGAAGCCACUUGCUCGAUCUGCCUGGACUAUUUCAAGGAUCCGGUGAUGAUCCCAGAAUGUGGGCACAACUUCUGCCGGUCCUGCUUGAUCCAGUCCUGGGGGGAAUCGGAGGCAGAGGCUUUCUGCCCUCACUGCAGAGAAACGGUUCAGGAAAGGCGCCUCAUCCCAAACUGGCCGUUGCAAAACGUGGUGGAAAUAGCCAAGAAGCUCAGUCUUCAAGAGGGGAAGGAGGAAGGAGGAAAAGAAAAGGUUUGUGAGAAGCACCAGGAGCCCCUGAAGCUCUUCUGCAAGGAGGACGGAGCCCCCAUUUGUCUUGUGUGCGACAGAUCCAAAGAGCACGUGUGUCACGAGACGAUUCCUCUGAAAGAGGCUUCCAAGGAGUACAAGGUAAGAAAUCAUUCUCGAUUUUGGGGUUUUUGGAUUCUUCUUGGGAGCUUUUCUGUAACUCUUAGGUUACACGGGAUGGAGGGACUUCAAUUUUGUGUCAAAUUCAGAUAUACAAAACUCUUCCGCCCCCCCCCCCCCCCCGCCACCAAAUUGCAAAAUUUGGCUUUCAAUAUGUGUUUUGCUGCUUUUAUUUUUCUACAUCACCUUCUCUCAGCUUAGUUGGAAAAUACAACUUGCACACUGCUCCUAUCUUUUGUAACGUUGAUUAUUAUUUUUGCUUAUAAAAACACGGGGCUGCCCAUCCCCCUGAAUAAAUACUGAUUUUAUGCAAGUUUCUACACCAUUUCUGUAAUAAUAUAUCAAAAAUAAAUUUAAAAAAUCAUUAACCACUGCUUAUUCUCAAUAAAAUGAAUUAAAUUCAAAAAAAUUCUAGAAUGUUCCAGAGCACUCUAUGUGAUAAAGAGCUAAUAGCAAGGCCAUCAAGAGGUCAGCUUAACUGUGUGGUGUAAUGGUUAGAGUGUUACACUAGAGCCUGGGACAGGCAUAGGCAAAUUCGGCCCUCCAGAUGUUUUUGGGACUACAACUCCCAUGAUCCCUAGCUAACAGGGCCAGUGGUCAGGGAUGAUGUGAAUUGUAGUCCCCAAACAUCUGGAGGGCCGAGUUUGCCUACGCCUGGCCUGGGAGGACAGGGUUCAAAUCCCCACUCAGCCAUGGAUCUUGCUGGGUGACCUUGGGCCAGUCACCAUCUCUUAGCCACAACAGGGUUGUUAUGUGGAUGAAAUGGGGAGGAAGAGAACCAUGGAUACCACCUUGAGAUUCUUGGAAGAUAAUGGUAUAUCAGUGUGAUAAAUAAAAUAAAUAAACAAUCAACACUUCUGCUUCUCUGAUUCAAACCUGAGCUUUUGGGUUUGUUCGUUUUUAGGGACUGAUGUGUAGACGCCUGGAGAUUCUGAGGAGAGAGAGAGAAAGAAUUCUGGCCUAUCAAGAAGACGUGAAAAAGGAAUGUGAGGACCUCCUUGUAAGUGUCACUGUUGUUACUAGUGAUGUAAAAAUUGGGGUUUGGCUUUUGAUCGGUCAGAGAAUGGAUGGAGGCAGGAUCCAAUGGAAAGCAAGGCAUUUAUUUUAUUUAUUUUUUGCAAGAGAGUUCCCUCCCCUCCUUCCAUGGACGGAGAGACCCUGAACAAAAGUGUGCAGGAACCUUUAAAGACUUUUGACAUUGCCCAACCUUAUAAGCGAAAGGACAAUGGGAAGGCUUUCUCCAUUUGCCUCCCUUAGGGCAGAGGAAUAUUUGAGGUCAUUGGGAGAGUCAAAAUGGCUUCCGGACUGCUCUCCUGUACUAUUUCAGACACAUGGUUUAUAUAUUUAGAUAUGUAUGCAUUUAUGAAUAUUCUAUAUUUGAGACAUUAGAAUUCUUAUAACUUUUGUUUAGAACUUAAUGCUAUUUUUUAUUUUAGAAUAUACAGAAUAUAAAGUAUGAAAUAUUACAAUCAAUUAUAAGUUUCCAUUUUUAACAGUACGUUCUAUGUUAUAUCUAUUUCAUUACUAAGCAUGUGUAUACAUAUCUACUUUCCUUGUUUCUACUAUUGUGACUUCCCUCCACCACAGCUCGACAUCCUUUGUUCUUUUCUUAUAACUUAACACUGUGUUAUAUAUAUUAGUUACUUUAACCCUAUGAACAAUCAUACGAUGUUUAUUCUUAACUUUAUGAGCUUAAUCAAUGCAUAUCAAUAAAUUUAUUUUGGAAUGAUAAAUUCAUCUGUAUUCAUACUUCACCCUUAUUCUUGUAAGUGUUACCUGGCUGGGGUAACCUGGCUAAAUUUGGAGACGUGUGAAUUUCAGAAGAUUGCUGUAUUUCACUGCAUAUUUUUUUCAGGAAGAUAUAUUUGGCAAAUUCACUGGUACAGGAGAAGCUGGGCACUUUCCAGACCUGUAUUGGCAUUUUCUGCCUCCUGAAGUUACCUCUCUACCACCUGUCCUGCUACUUUUGAGCUGGCAGCUGACCUAACCCUCUGACCCGGUACAAAAAUGGAUAUAUUACUAUUUUUUAGGAAACUCAAGCCAUCUUGGAGCUUUAAAGUAAAUGGGGAAUGCUGGGGAGGAAAAUGCCACCUCUGCCCUCCUCCUGUUCCUACUUGUUUAAGGUGCCAGUCUAAGGCACCAUGUUUCCUUUAAUGCCUGAAGGGAGCUUCUUCACCAGCAGGAAGUUGAUUUUGUGUCCAUGAAAAGUCAGAAGUGGAAAUCUCACGUCUUGUUUUCGUGAGAUCCCAUAUUCUGGACUCAGGGCUCCGCUUUUCUUCUCUCUUCCCGCACCUUGCAGAAAUUAACAGAAGCUGAGAGGCAGAAGACAGCAGAGAAGUUCAGACAACUGCACCAGUUUAUCGAAGAACAAGAAAAAUGUCUGCUGAAUGAGAUAGAAAAGGUGGAGAAGGAGAUUGCAAGGAAAAGGGAAGAGCACCUGGCCAGGCUCUCCAGGGAACUCUCCUAUGUGAAAAGGCUCAUCCAGGAGAUGCAGGAGAAGCGCCAGCAGCCAGAGAGUGAAUUCCUGCAGGUAAGACACUGGCAGGAAGAGCACAAAGCUCCACGUCAGGAAAAGGAUGGCUGCAGACCAGCAACCUUUUUCCGCAGGGGUCCAGUCCACUGUCCCUCAGACAUUAUGGGGGGCCAGACUAUAUUUUGAAAAAAAAAAUAUGAACAAAUUUCUAUGCCCCGCAAAUAAUCCAGAGAUGCAUUUUAAAUAAAAGCAUACAUUCUACUCAUGUAAAAACACGCUGGCUGUCCACGGGCCAUAUUGAGAAGGCGAUUGGGCUGGAUCCGGCCCCCGGGCCUUAGUUUGCCUACCCAUGAAGUAGGCACAUAAAGGGGCUCAAUUGGUGGCGCCUCAAGCCAGGUCUCUUGUGCAUCCAAUAGACGUGGGAUGGAUCAUUCCUCAUUUGCACUUUAUAAAUCGAUAUGCAAACUGAAUCACAAACACCCGUCAGCGUUUGCAGUUCUCUGGACUUUCUAAGGCAGUUCUCCAGCCAAGCAAAGUGUACAAUUUACCCAACUGCUGAAAAUUGGACGAUUCAGCCAUCCCUACCCAAAACUUUGGUGUGUGUGCUAUGAGACUGACAUCAAAGGGCAGGAGUGUUCCGCCAUUCCAAGGUCUGAGGGGUCUUCAUAGCGUGGCCUGUGGUGUGUAGUGAUUUCCCUUCUCUUUUUCCCUCUAGGAUGUGAGGAGCACCUUGCAGAGGUAAGUGGAUCCUGCUCAUUUCUGUUAGCAUGCCGGGAGGGAUUAAAGAGGAGAGUACGUAAGAUUUGCCUCCUGUGGGAGAGACUGUAGACCUACAGCAUUUCACAAGUAAAACCAGGGCCCUCUUUUUUGACCUUGUUGUGCCCCAAUUCUCCCUCCAAGAAUCAGGUUUAGAGCAGCACCUAACUCCCCACUAUCAAACAGGUCUGGAGGCUCUUCCACGCCUCCUGCACAUCCUACUCACUGACUCUGCAAUAGUUUCAAACAUCUGAAAGAGAAUUUCUAUGGGGGACAUAUUUCAGGGCCAUGGGAGCAUUCCAGGGUUGUAUCUUGUCCCCAUUGCUUUUUAACAUCUACAUGGAGCCACUGAGCACUUCCCUUAAUAAUAACAAUAACGUUCUGAUGGCAGGCCGAAAGGUUUUCAUAUUUCCAGGCUUUGAAAUUACCUUUUCAAUACUUUCAUAUAUACCUUUACAACAGAGGUAGUUAUAUAUUGGAAAGCGUAAUGCUGGUGGUCAACAAAAGAGUGUGUGUGUGCGCGCGCACACACACACACACACACAAGGCAAAUACGGAUUUUGUACUAAGCUAUGGAACAAAGAGGGUGUUGGUUGCCUCAGGCAGCAGGGGCCAGAAUAGGUGGCUACCAUCUUCCUGAACAAACACCUCAGCAGUGGCAAGGCUUCUUCCUUCUUGAGUUAGGCUACCUCUCUGUCUGGCCAGGUCACCUUCUGGAGGCUUGGGGUUUGGCUGUUUUGGACCCCAUAGCGAGGAAGUAUCUCUCCCCUCUGUGUCUGCCUGUCCCUCUAGGCUCUCUACCAUUCUCUUCCUCCUCUCAGCUUUCUUUCCUUUACCAGGAAUUGUGGAAUUGACCAGACUAAUAUUUUGUUUCCUUUCACCAGGUAUGACAAAAGACAGAAAUUGGAGAAUCCGCCAACUUUCCCUCCAAAGCUGAAGAGAAAGACCUCCAGAUUCUGUGAUAUAGACCAACUUCUGGAUUCUGCCAUGAAGAAAUUCCAAGGUAAUAAAAUAAUGACUACAAUGAUUUUAUUCUGGGCAUUAUGUAAGUCAAAAAGUGAGCACACCAGGCUCAUAUUGUAUUGUACACACAGGUCCCGUUAUCUGUCUGCUUGUUACAUGAACACUCAGUUAGACAAACACAAAGAAUUAUAGUCAAAUCUCGCUACACACACACCUGAUUUAGAUGUCUGAACAGCUGAAGUUUGCCCACUUCUUUACUCGUUUGUGCUUUGGUGCCAUUUUCGGGCAGAGGCCAUGGAGGGAGGGUGAGGGGAGAGAGAUCAGGACAAUCUGUCUCUUUUUAGCUGGUUGGCUGCACCCGUUUUAGGAAGAAACCAUGGCAGAGAAAAGAUCACGGGAUAGAUAGAUGCUGCAGUAUAAAGUGUUAUUUGGCAAGAACACAUAUCUGAAAUGAAAGAAUGUGGUACUUACACUUCUUAUCUUUUUUUCUUCCCUAGACUCCCUUUCAUUCAGAGAACAGCUUCAGCAAGGUAAUUUCCAAUGAGGAACCCCAAUUCACAGGAGGGGUGGGGGACAGGUACUUCUUUGUGGUUAAACAGUCAGUUCUGCAGACUUUGGAAGCACAUUCAAUAGCUUAGCUCUGGGUCUAUAGUGGCAUUUAGUUUCUUUAUAUGUACAAUGAAUGACCAGAGGGUGGGUUUGAAGAUGCAGGUGUGGGGUAGAUUUUUGUGGGGGUGCUGGCAUCCCUGUGAAGAACCUGCAUGCCAUUCUGGGACCAAUGACUUAGGAGUUUGGUUCCUACCUAUAAACUAUUUCAUUGACUUUUCCCCUUACGAAAUCCCACUGGGUCAGCCCUAACAUCCAGUUUUCAUUUACAUGGAACCUUCCUUACGUUUUGUUUCCCAUGUACACAAUCUGGAGGUCCUUUUGGAGGUUCCCAGUCUUUCCUUGGGUUUCAAUGUCCUGAAGGUCAUUAAAAAGGGCAUCAGCAAGCACCCAGUGUCUGUUGAUUCUCCUCAUAUGGGGGAGGAUGUUGGGAUAUGAGUGCUCACCAGCUGCGAACCAGCAGCUCAUUGUUUACAUCAUGUGAUUCUUAUGUGACUGAGCGUGAGACAGGAUAUUCAACGCUAUUCUCAGGGCUGUGUACCAAGUGUAACUUGAGACCUUCCUGUUGUUGCUGCAAAGGAGGAGUGAGUGAGUUGUACGGAGGUUUGUGAGAGAGCAGACAUGUUUUGUACUAGCUCGUCUACAGUGUACAGUCCGGGAAUAAAGUAGAAUGAGUCAGACUACUUUCAGACUGUCGUCUUUCUUCUGCUGAGAUGCAAGGGGAAAGGGAGUGUGCAUCUCUCGAGAGGGAGGUGUCGCUUAUUAUUGAUCUCCCUGGACUGACCGAAGACCAGCCAGGGGCAGAUCACUGGCAGCAGGCCCCAAUGCUUGGGAAGAGGAGUCGGCCUUUCCCGAGUGGGCCAAUAGCCAACAGUGUCUUGCCCAGGCUGGUCCAGCAGUGGAACAAAGGCCUGAGCCGUCUCCUCAGACAUCCACCCACAGCUGCCGUGCAUAGUGCUUCAAUCAUCACACAAUCCCGCAAUUCUUAUUAGAUCAGCCCCACAUGGGAAGCUAAGGACACUUUUCCAGAAAGCCUCUGCCAAAAAUUUUGUUAACAUUCUGAAAGAAUUUUAGAAGUUUAAUGAGGCAGGACUUCCUGUUGCACGAGACCCUUGGAAUUAGAUUUCAAAUCUCUGCCAAUUCUUCCUCUGCAAAUUUGCUCUGUCAGUAUUUUUAACAAUUCUGGUUUCAAUAGCUUUCCCCCACCUGUUUACUUGGGGCAGCUUUGAACCUGCCUCCAGCUCUCCUCUGGAUCCUUUAAAAAUACUGUUAACCACAGUGCCGGCCCUCCCAUCCUCUGCUAUGGAUCCCCAUUUCAUUGAUGGAUUUGGAAUGACUUUAUUCUGUUGUUGUCUAGUAUGGUUUACAAUGUCUGAUUUUUACCUGUUACUUUAAUUUCAUCUGACUACAACUUUCUUGUUUCCAGUUACUUGUUCUUUGAUGUGAAAUGAGGAAACAACAUAUGCUUUUUUAUGAAGUGAUUAUUUGUAACUACAAUUUUGUGAGAUAUAGCCCUUAAACUUUAUAUCUUUUUCUUCUUCAGAUAAUUGGUCAUUCGGACAACAGUUUCAGAAAGGUAAAUUUCCAAUGGAGGCCCACGUUCACGGGAGGGGUCUGGUGUUUCAUUGGAAUUAAGGAGUCUGUUCUGCAGAGUUGGGAACCAUCAAUAGCUUUAGUCUUGCUGUUUGGGUUCCUCAUAUGUAAAACAGAGGGUGGUGAGCUUGAGAGUGCAGAACUGGGUGUUUGGAGAGUGCCUCCACUUACAAAGGAACUGCCCACAAGUGUGAGAGUAAUGAUGGAGGAAUUCUGUUCCUGCCUAGAGCUUGUCUGAGAGAGACUGUUGAGAAGCAAAGCAGCUAGUAAGCCUGAUCUUUAUUGAACUGUUGCAACACGCAGGAGAAGGAGGAGGACCCAGAACUAAGGUGUGCCUGCCCUUAUAUAGAUAUUUUAAAUUGCCCGCCCUACAGUCCAAGACCACCCCCAGAAACAUGUUACAGUGCUACCUCAGGUUAAGUACUUAAUUUGUUCUGGAGGUCCGUACUUAACCUGAAACUGUUCUUAACAGUUAGCGGAGUCUGUAACCUGAAGCAUAUGUAACCCGAAGUACCACUGUACUUACAUCACAGAAGGGGUGUAGCCCAAGACCACCACCCCAGAUACAUCAUACCUACAUCACAGAAAAGGUGGUCUACAACAGAAAUCUGAGUGCGUUGUUUAUCUCCUGUCUGGCAGGUUACCUGUUGAUGGUCACUUGAUUGGAUUACCUGGGGAGCCUGGCCAGUCUUUUGUAAUGAUAAAUACUUAGUUCCUGAGCCAGGUCACAGGCUCACCCUAUUCAUACACAGACAUACCCUUCAGACAGGAUUUGUGAGGUCAAUUUGGGAGGGACAAAAUGGUUUCAGGACUUUUUCUGUGGGAUUUCAGACAUGUGGUUUAUAUAUCUAUGUACGUGCUUGGUUGGUACAUUUAUGAACAUUUAUUUUAUAUAUAAAAAUAUAUAUGCCUUAAAAAAAAUUAUUUCACCUGGAAUAACUGGAGGAGCACAAUAUAAAUACAUUGAAUAUAAAAACAACAGAAACCUGGUUCACUUGGGGCAAGUCUGGAAGAAGCGGAGGAGGGUCCCAAUCCAGAAUGCAAUGCAAAGAACUCCCAAUUAUUUGAGAGAGGAUCUAGUCUGGGCACUUGUUGGAUCAGGAUAUUCAUCUCCAACUCUCGGCUGACUCUGCCUCUCUUCUCUUCCCCCCAACAGCAAAUGUCACUCUGGAUCCAGACACAGCCGAAACCAGCUACAUCCUGUCUGAGGAUCGGAAAAGUGUGAGACUGGGAGAAAAACGUCGUGACACAUAUGGCAGCCACUAUCGUCCUGUGUUAGGACGUGAGGGAUUCACAGCAGGCCGACAUUUCUGGGAAGUCAAUGUGGAAAAUGGAGAAGGAUGGGUUGUAGGGGUUGCUGUGAAGUCUGUGAGCAAGAAUGGAUUUCCCCUAAGUCCUGAGGGAGGGAUCUGGGCUGUACAAUUGACAGCCAGUCUGUACAAGGUCUGUAUUUCCCCUAAUCCCCUUCUUCUGUCCCUGAAUGGGAAGCUCAAGAGGAUCCGGGUGACUCUGGACUAUGAAGGCGGAUGUGUGUCUUUUUAUAAUGCUGACUCGGGAACCAAACUCUACACUUUCUCAGGAGCCUGGUUCUAUGGAGAGACCCUUCUCCCUUUCUUUCGGGUGGAUACAGUUUCUACCCACCUUGAGAUCUGCUGAGGAGACUAAAUCUGCCUCACCAGAAUGACACACACAACACACAUGUGUAAUUGAAUUUAUAUAUCGCCCUAUACUUGGGGUCUCAGGGUGGUUCGCGCGCGCGCGCACACACACACACACACACACACACCCCUCUCAAGAGCCCUUUGGGCAGCUUUUGAGGGGUCCUUUGGGAGGAUUCAUUCCAGUCACAAUCAGCAUAAAUAAUAAAACAAAAAUAAGACUUUGUAUUGUUUUUCUUCCCUUUCCCAGAAUUCCCCCUGCAGCUUAUUUUUUAAAGAGAC